AUGGAGGGUAGGCGAAAUCAAAGAUAUGGAACUACCCGAGGACGUGGUUCUAACCGUAGCCGUGGUGCUAGACAGGCACAAGAAUUAGUAUGGGAAUCGAGAGAGGAGAGAGGUGAAACAGUUGAGCCGCAAUCUAGACGCCGAACGGAAGGGGAGGAUCAGGUGGCCACGGCGAUUCAACAAAUGACAAAUAUCCUUGCUCGUUUGGUAGAGCAACAGGGUCAAACCCUUGUGAAUCAACCUAGGGAUCCUGAAAUGGGACAAGAUAGAGCCCUAGAGAGAUUCCAAAAGUUUUCCCCUCCUAAGCUCCUGGGAGGAUCGGACCCUGAGGUAGCAGAGGGAUGGUUAGAAACCAUGAUCAAUAUAUUCGCCGCUUUAAACUAUGCAGAGGAAAGACAAAUGCAAUUUGCUAAUUUUCAGUUUGAGGGUCCAGCCAGGGCUUGGUGGAAUGUAGUUAGAGCUAAAUGGGAGAGAGAGGGAACCGCAUGGACCUGGUUGAAUUUCGUGCGGGAGUUUAAUGAAAAAUAUCUUCUACCGAUAGUCCAUGAGAAAAGAGAAGAUGAUUUUAUUAAGUUUCGUCAGGGAACCCUAAGUGUAUCUGAGUACGAGAUUCAGUUCAUUAAGUUAUCAAAGUUUGCUCUCAAAUUGAUAGCUACGGAGCAAAGGAGGGUUAGGAGAUUUGUACAAGGAUUCAAUGUGGAAAUACAAGAGGUCUUGGCAGCGGCACAAAUUAAUACUUUCACCGAGGUUCUUGAGAAAACCCAGAGGGUAGAAAUUGCUAAGGCACAAGUAAGGGCUUUUGGUGCACCUGCUGGAGGUCAGGAGCAGUUACAUGGUGAUCUAGGUAGGCCAGCCUCUAAGGUCAGUCGAUGA